AUGCCCAUUACAACGUCGCUGCUUUAUCUGGCACGUGGAAUGGUCAGUCGGUGGUGCGGCUUAAUAAUUCCUCGAAAUAUACACACAACAGUGCAGCUUCGGCACGGUGAAUACGAAUGGCAGGAUCCCAAAAGCGAAGAUGAAGUUGUAAACAUAACGUACAUCGAUAAGGAUGGCAAGGAAACGACGGUUCGGGGGAAGGUCGGUGACAAUGUGCUUUAUCUCGCUCAUCGAUACGGCGUAGAAAUGGAGGGCGCAUGUGAGGCCUCGCUGGCCUGCACCACCUGUCACGUGUACGUGCAGGAUGAGUUUCUCGAUCGCCUAACCGAGCCGGAGGAAAAGGAAGACGAUCUGCUCGAUAUGGCACCAUUUUUGAGGGAAAACUCCCGCCUCGGGUGCCAGAUAUUGCUACAAAAAGAUCUCGAAGGAAUGCGAUUACAGCUUCCGCAAGCGACUCGCAAUUUCUACGUCGAUGGACACAAACCAAAGCCACACUAG